GUAACGUAGGUGGCUACGGUGGUGAAGUGGAAGUUGAUGGAAAUCAUGGUUAACACGUAGCCGGCGUUCGACGUGUCCUAGCCUCCUAGCUUAGGCAUUUGGUAGCGAUUUGGUAAUUUGUUUGCGCGCCGCUUGAUUUUCGCAACGUGCACAGGAUCGCGAGUAUUUAUAUACACAUAUGGCGAACGCCACGUUGCGACAAAACAUGCUGCCGAACAAGUCGUCACCGUCUUCGUCGUCGUCGUCGUCGUCCAGCACAGCGAACGCAAAGGUCAUGUUUCCCGAUAAGAGACCGACGACCAAGCAAAUGAAAUCGUCCACGCUGACGAAUGCCGCUGGCCUCAGUUCUCUCAUUACCUUCACCGUUCUCUUGCUCGCCUGGAUUUCGGGUUUCGCCUCGCGGCUCUUUGCUGUCAUACGUUUCGAGAGUAUUAUACACGAAUUCGAUCCGUGGUUUAACUACAGAGCGACAGCAUACAUGGUACAACAUGGAUUCUACAAUUUUUUAAAUUGGUUUGACGAACGAGCAUGGUAUCCAUUGGGACGGAUUGUUGGUGGAACCGUUUAUCCUGGACUCAUGAUAACAUCUGGAUCAAUACACUACAUCCUGCACUCUUUAAACAUACCAGUGCAUAUAAGAGACAUAUGUGUAUUCUUAGCUCCAAUUUUUAGUGGCCUUACUGCCAUAUCUACAUAUUUAUUAACAAAGGAAAUAUGGAGUGCUGGAGCUGGCUUAUUCGCUGCUUGCUUCAUCGCCAUUGUACCUGGCUAUAUCUCGAGAUCCGUAGCUGGCAGUUACGACAACGAGGGGAUUGCAAUUUUUGCAUUGCAAAUCACCUAUUAUCUCUGGGUUAAGUCUGUCAAAACUGGUUCAAUCUUUUGGGCGAGCAUAACUGCCCUGUCUUAUUUCUACAUGGUAUCAGCAUGGGGAGGCUAUGUGUUCAUUAUUAAUCUCAUUCCACUGCAUGUAUUUGCCUUGCUGGUCAUGAAUCGCUUUAGCAAUCGGUUAUUCACCAGUUAUACAACAUUUUACGUUCUUGGACUUUUACUGAGUAUGCAAGUACCAUUCGUCGGUUUUCAACCGAUUAGAACUUCUGAACAUAUGGCAGCAGGUGGUGUAUUCGGUCUCCUAAUCUUUAUAGCAGCUCUUAGAUACUUAAGAACUGUACUUACCAAGUCCGAGAUGAAAUAUUUUGGUGGUGUAGUAGCUGUAACAGCGACUAUACUCCUGUUAAUUCUGAUUGCAUUAACGUAUGCUGGUAUUGUCGCUCCUUGGAGUGGUAGAUUUUAUUCGCUUUGGGAUACUGGUUAUGCCAAAAUACAUAUCCCUAUAAUAGCAUCUGUAUCUGAACAUCAACCGACAACUUGGUUCAGCUUUUUCUUUGACUUGCACAUUCUUGUCACAACAUUCCCGGUUGGUCUGUGGUACUGCAUUAAGCACAUAAAUGACGAACGUGUCUUUGUCAUACUAUAUGCCAUAAGUGCCGUUUAUUUCGCUGGAGUGAUGGUGAGACUUAUGUUGACUUUGACUCCAGUAGUAUGUAUGCUGGCUGGUGUUGCUAUCAGCAGACUCGUAGAAUUAUAUCUCAAAGAGGAAGACAGGGACGAUCGUAAUGGUACCGAAAGCAAUGAGGAGAGUGAAGAGGAAAGAGAGAGAAGUCCCGGUAGAGCGUUGUACGAUAAAGCCGGUAAAUUACGUAGAAUGAAGCAUGAGAGACCGAAAGGUAGCGGCGACGGAUUAGGCGCCAAUCUACGUAACGGCGUUAUUAUCGGCAUGUUAAUGUUAUUGAUGAUGUUUACUGUGCACUGCACAUGGGUGACCAGCAAUGCAUAUUCUAGUCCAUCUAUCGUUUUGGCUUCCUAUAGUAACGAUGGUGGCAGAGCCAUACUCGAUGAUUUUCGAGAAGCUUACUACUGGUUAGCUCAAAAUACGCCCAAUGACGCGAGAGUUAUGAGUUGGUGGGAUUAUGGAUACCAGAUUGCUGGUAUGGCAAAUAGAACUACACUCGUGGACAAUAAUACAUGGAAUAAUUCGCACAUAGCUCUGGUUGGUAAAGCGAUGAGCUCGAAUGAAAGUGCUGCUUAUGAAAUUAUGACAUCUUUAGAUGUAGACUAUGUGUUGAUCAUUUUUGGUGGUAUGAUUGGAUACUCCGGUGAUGACAUUAAUAAAUUUUUAUGGAUGGUCCGAAUCGCCGAAGGCGAACAUCCCCAAGAUAUUCGCGAGAGUGAUUACUUCACCGAGAAAGGAGAUUUCCGCGUGGACAAAGAAGGUUCUCCUACUCUAUUGAACUCGCUAAUGUACAAGUUGAGUUACUAUCGGUUUGGAGAUGUUAAAAUAGACUAUCGAACGCCUACCGGUUUUGAUCGUACUCGUAACGUCGAAAUAGGCAAUAAAAAUUUCCAGUUAACAUAUCUGGAAGAAGCUUACACUACUGAACAUUGGCUUGUCAGGGUUUACAGGGUGAAAAAACCAGCAGAAUUUAAUAGACCAAGUAUUCCGAUUUCUAAACGGAUUAUUACGCGUCGCGCAAAUGCGUAUAUUAGUAAAAAGGUUGGUAUUCUUUUCUCUUAUCUCGUAGCAUAA